AUGAGUUUUCAAGGAAUUGUUACCCCCGAACAGAUGGAAAGCCUUCAGAAUGCAUUCGAUACAUUUGAUUCCAAUUCGGAUAAUUGUUUGGAACCAAAUGAACUUGAAUCCGCUUUAAGAGCCUUAGGAUUCAAUCCUAAAAAGGAAGAAAUUCAAGAUAUGAUCGAAGAUACAGGCAAUACUCCAAUUGACAUGAAAGCCUUUGUUUAUAUUGUUUAUCAUCAUUCAAGAAAUGUCGAUGUCGAAAAAGAAUUAAUUGAUUCUUUCAGGGUUUUCGAUAAAGAAGGAACUUCAAAACUUCCAGAAUCUAAGAUCAGAGAAAUUCUAAAGAAUAUCAGAAAGCCUCUCACUGAUGAUGAAAUUUCUGAAAUCUUAAAUAGAGCACAGAGCCAAAAUGGUUAUGUUAAUUACGUUUCUUUUGUUCAUGAAAUGAUGAACCUUUAA